AUGUGGACGCCGUUGCCAGGAUGGCAGGCAAUUGCCGCAGGACACGAAGAGCAGCGCGUGGCUGCGCUGUUUCGCUCGUUAAUUCCUUUAAACGGCGUGGCGACCGCUCUGUUGCACGAGAGCCCUGAGGAGAAGCGCGUUGAACGCUGGCGCCUGGGGCUCUCUCGGCUUUGCCAAAACGAAGGCGACGACACGCAAGGUGCCCGACACGGCACAACCGGAAUUUGCCCAAAUAAAAGACGCCGCCCUCAGCGGGUCCUUUGGAAUGAGGCAAAGGACGAACCGUGCUCCCAGCGUGACCAGAAUCAACCAACUGAGAUGCCUGACGGCGCCUCCGCAGUUCCGUCUGUCAUCGUGAAAACCUACCGGAAGCUGGACGAAGAGAUUUUCGUGCCUGUCUCUGGCAGGCCGAUGAAGCGCCGUGAAGCCCUGCAGCGUAUCGUAAACUUGCAUUCGCGCGUCCGCCACCCCCACAUCGCUCAGCUGCUUGCCGUGGGCCUUCGGCAGGACUCUCGCCUCCCGCCGCCGCCCUGUCGCGAGCCUGACUCGCUUCCGAUUCCGGACAUAGCCAGCGCGCAGUCUGCAUUCGAGCCGAGUUCCACUUCGCGGUGUUAUGCGCCGGGCGAUUCCGCGCCCUCUUCUUCUUUAUCGACUGCGGCAUCUCUAGCUACGUGGCCCUUCCCUUCCAUCUCGUUGGUGCUCCAAGACGGCGGCUUGCCUCUCGCGCUGAAGCUCCGCGAUCUGCAGAAUCGCACCGCUCCGGAGGUGGUCGUGAACGGAGACGCCAAGGGACGCGAUGCACCUGUCUCUAUUUGCGGCGCCGAUGACGCGCUGAUGACCUACUGCGUGCCGGUGAUAGAGCGAAACGAGACGACAGACUGCAACUCAGGGUUUCAAGGCUGCAGAUAUAGGACGCCCCCCAAGGGCUGCACCUACGUCCUCGCUGAGGCGGCGGCUCGGGAAGUCCUCCGGCAGCUACUGGCGGCGCUUCAAGCCAUGCAUGCGAAGCGCAUCUUUCACCUGGAUGUAAAACCCAGCAACGUGGUCGUCGCGGCGCCGUUCGAUCCUGCGCAGGUCCGCAAGGCUUCGCUUCGCCCAGUCGACUUGACGGCGCGCAGGGAACGGUGUCUGACCUCGGAGACGAGAAAGCGAGUCGCAGACGUGGGGCCUGGCAUCCAGCAUCCCCACGCUGGACCCAAGAGACGGCGCGCCCGUGCAGGCCGCGCAGCGGGCGGAGACGGCUCAGGCUUGCAGGCGAGAGAAGCCUUGCCAGCAGCAGACGGCCACCAGAAAGCCGACAGCGCUGGGGACGACGCAGAGGACAACGAGGCAGAGGUCUCCGCCGCGAUCUCAAAGACACAAACAGGUUGCGCGCGAAGGCCGGACGCUGAGCGGUGUACCGAAGCAUGCCCCGGAAGGCGAAUCCAGUGCCUGCUGAUUGAUUUUGAUAGCGCACAGAGUGGAAUAGGAAACACGACAAACGUCUAUCCAGGCGGGACCACCCGCGCCUUCAUCCCUCCUGAAGAACUGUGUCCGGGACCCUGCUCGGGAUGUCAAGGAGACGCAGCUGCAGGCUCACACAGCGACCUAGAGGGCAGCCAGCCUGCGGUCUUAAACGGCGAAAAGAAGGACGUCUGGGCGCUUGGCUGUCUCAUGACCAUCCUGUUGACCGGUCGGCAUCCCUUCCUGCGGGCGCCGGGAUGGCACACGAGAGCAAGCGCCCAGACGGGGGGGCCCCGGGCCUCUGCGGUCUCUCAGAUGUCCCGCGGAGACACCAGCGAGGAAGAAACCGGGUUCGAAUUCCCGUCUCCAGCGCCUCAGGAUACACGAACGACGACCCGGUAUCUGCAGGACAAAGCGGGGGGUGAGCACACUUGGUAUCGCAACGCCGACGCGCUUCGUCCUACCUGCGAGGAAGGUGCCGCAGCCGCUUUCGAAGGCGAAGACUUCUACUACAGCGACAUGGAGUACUGUUUGGCGCUGGUCAGCGGUGGGGCCCCCCGAGUCAGCUUCAGUGGCCUUCCUGACCUCAGCAGCGCGGCCCAGGAUUUACUCAGGAAAGUCGGGUUUGACGCCGCUGAGUGUUCGUAG